AUGGCGGGCCUAAAGCGGCGGGCAAGCCAGGUGUGGCCGGAAGAACAUGCUGAGCAGGAGCACGGGCUGUACAGCCUGCACCGCAUGUUUGACAUCGUGGGCACCCAUCUGACACACACAGAUGUGCGCCUGCUUUCCUUACUCUUUCUCGAUGCCACUGAUGAGCAGGAGCGUGGACGCAUCCAAAAUGGACGUGACUUCUUCUUGGCGCUGGAGCGCCAGGGCUGCUGCGAUGAGAGUAACUUUCGCCAGGUGCUGCAGCAGCUGCUGACCCUCGUCACUCGCCAUGACCUGCUGCCCUACGUCACACUCAAGAGGAGGCGGGCUGUGUGCCCUGAUCCUGUAGACAAGUAUCUGGAGGAGACAUCAUUUCGCUAUGUGACCCCCAGAGCCCUCGGUGACCCAGAACCGAGGCCUCCCCAGACUCCCAAAGCAGCGCCUCCUCGCCACGCCGUGGGGCACUGCCCCGCUUCCGGCCCUCGGAUGUGUGGCAGGCGGCCAGCCAGGGGGAGGGCGACGCCCGGGAGCCAUCGAGAACGCCGGAGGUCGGUGACCCCAGAACCCAGGGAAAAGCAAACAUGUGACAUCAGACUGCGGGUUUGGGCUGACUACUGCCAGCACGAGACUGCUCUGCAGGGCAAUGUCUUCUCUAAUAAGGACGACCCACUUGAGCGCCAGUUUGAGUGCUUUGACCAGGCCAACACCAUCCUCAAGUCCCGGGACUUGGGCUCCAUCGUCUGUGACAUCAAGUUCUCUCAGCUCACCGACCUCGACGCAUUCUGGCGCGACUACAUCGAUGGCUCAUUAGUAGAGGCUCUUAAAGGUGCCUUCAUCACAGACUCCCUCAGGCAAGCUGUGGGCUAUGAAGCCGUCAAACUGCUGGUGAACGUGGAUGAGGAUGACUAUGAGCUGGGCCGGCAGAAGCUCCUGAGCAACUUGAUGCCGCAAGCGUUGCCCUGA